UCAAUCACUCCAAUGGAAACCCCAUUCUCUUUUGUCGAUCUUCUUCCCAUAUUCACUUUAAUUUCGUAUUAAAUGUUGGAAAAUAUAAGGUCAAAAACAAAAUUAAAUCAAAUCCUCCGUCUCCCUCUCCAUAUUCAAUGAAUGCAAAUUCAACCUAAAUAAAAAAGGCAUUCUCACUGAACCACUUCACAACACCAUGGAUUCCCAAUAUCCUCUAUUCUCCACCAUUGUUACUCUCUACACUAUCAUUUUCAUAUAUUUUCCAACUAUUGCUGCUUCUCCACUCAUCAUUUCAACCUCUGUUCUGUUACUUUUUCUGCUCAGACUCGGUGCAGCUCAGAGAAUUUCACAGAAGAAGAACAAAAAACCCGAAUCCGAGAUCUUAUCUUUACAAAUUUCGGCUGAUUUUGGUGAUAGCACCAAGUGUGAGAAUGAUUCGGUGCUUGACCCGGAUCCGGACCUGGACCCGAUUGAUUCCAAUGUGGACUCCUCCAAUUGUGAAAAGGAUUCGGUGUUUGAACCGGAUUCGGAACAGAGAAUGUUUCAUGCCGACGAAUCCAGGGUGGACUCAAGUUGUGAAAAGGAUUCGGUUCUAGAACCGGAAUCGAGGCUGUUUCAUGGGGACUGCUUUGUGGAGUGGAAUGUGAGGGCGCCAUUGGAGGUGAUAUACGAAGCGUAUGAAGGAGAAGAAGACGGGGAAUAUACAGAGGAGAAGAGAGACGAAGAGUUGAGGGUUAUUGAGAAGUAUGCUUCAUUAUCGAUGUACUAUCCGGAAACGGAUACGGACAGUUCGUCGGACGGGGAUUCACCGGUCAUCGGAAACUGGGAUUCGCCGGAGAAUGUGUGUUUUCAGUGGGAUGACGAAGAUAGAGAAGAGUUGAUAGAGAUUGAAUUGGAUUGCAAAAGAAAUAGCGAAGUGGAGGAAGAGAAUUUGAUCGAGAUUGAUCUAAGCCCGGCGUAUUAUCCGGUGAGAUAACUCGCCGACGGGAAU